AAUUCAUCAUAAUCCAAAUCUUUAAUGGGAUCCCAAUCUAAUUUCUCUUCUUCUUCUUCCUUCCUUCCUUUCCCCCUAAACUAUCAUCCAAAAUCUUCCUCUAUAUAAACCCACUUUCCCUCACCACCAUUUUCUCUCAACACAAAUAUUAUUACUACUAUAUGUAUUUUUAAUAAACACUCACAAAGCACGACGCCGUUUUUCUCCACAGUUUUCCCUUUUCAUGGCCGCCUCUGAUCUCUCCGUUAUUCUCCCCCGCGUUCUCGUCGUCUCUCGCCGUUGCGUUCGCAAGAACAAAUUCGUCGAUUUCGUUGGGGAGUAUCAUCUUGAUCUCAUCGUUGCCUAUGGCGCGGUACCGGUUAUAGUUCCAAGAGUCGCCGGUGUUCAUAUGCUUUUAGACAGUUUCGAACCGAUCCAUGGAGUUCUCCUCUGCGAAGGCGAGGAUAUUGAUCCCUCUCUUUACGAAACCGAUACAUCCGGUCUAUCUCAAGAGGAGCUUGAGGAAAUCAGGCGCUUACAUACAAGCGAUACCGCCAUUGAUAAAGAAAAAGAUACAAUCGAGUUUCGAUUGGCAAAACUCUGCUUGGAGAGAAACAUUCCAUAUCUAGGGAUUUGCAGAGGAUCGCAGGUACUCAAUGUUGCGUGUGGGGGUACGCUUUAUCAGGAUAUUGAGAGGGAAAUUAGGAAGAAGAGUCCGGGAGGGGAAAAAGUUGUUCAUAUUGAUUACGAUAAUUACGAUGGGCAUAGACAUAGGGUUAAGGUUGUAGAGAACACUCCAUUGCAUAAUUGGUUUAGAGAUUCUUUAGAUGAAGAAGAUAUGGAGAUUAUGGUGAAUAGUUAUCAUCAUCAAGGAGUAAAGGUUUUGGCUCAAAGAUUUGUGCCAAUGGCCUUUGCUCCUGAUGGAUUGAUUGAAGGGUUUUAUGAUCCAGAUGCUUAUAAUCCUGAAGAAGGUAAGUUCAUUAUGGGACUUCAAUUUCAUCCUGAGAGGAUGAGACACCCCGAUUCUGAUGAAUUUGAUUAUCCUGGAUGCCCUGCCGCUUAUCAGCAAUUUGUGAAGGCAGUAGUUGCAUAUCAAAAGAAAUUAAACAGCAGCAAAUUAUCAGCACCCAAAAAGACAUUAAAGCUGGACAAUGAAAUGGAGAAAAAAAGGAAGAUCUUGGUCAGAAGCUUCUCCCUUGCCAAGAACUUAUACACAACCGGCCGCGAUGCACAGCCAGAGAAAGAACCCGAGCUCGAAGUCGGAGCAGAAUUUCUAGAGUCAAACACAGCUUUAAGUGUACAACAAGAGAACAGACUAAAGCAAAUGGGUGCAACAGUGAGAAAUGGCAGUUCUUACAUAGAAAAAUUGAAGCUAAAUGAAGCAAGAGAAAGAACAGCAAAGAAUGUGAUGGGGAAGAUGACAAUAGAUCAAUUAUCUGAUCUCUUGUCUUUCUAUCAUAUGAUGGGUCAAAUUUGCUCAGAUGUCUUGGAGAGAAAGUUGAAUGAUAUUGUCAAAUAAAAGCAAAGGCAGUGACACUGAAAAAACAAAAAGAUAUGUACUCGUUUUGCCCUUCUUAAUUCCAAAUGUCCCUUUGUGUGUCAUUUUCUGUGUUAUCUUUUGUUGUUGGAGCCACACAUGAAUCUCAUAGGGAUCACCCAACAAAUUUGUGUGUCUGUUUAUUUAUUUAUUUAUUUUUCUCUCUUUAAAGGGUGAGUGGUCAAAUUGGGAUUGAGGAUGAAAAUUUAUGUAUUGCCUUUCUCUCCCCUUUUUUGUUGGGUUAGAAAUUAUGACGUUGAUUGAAUUGGAAUUGGACUGUAAAGUUGGGGAAA